CAGGCUUUCUAGAUACCUUUUCGAAGUACGUUCUCAGACCGUGGUUCUGCUUCGCAUUGCGUUGUCGAUGCGUUUCGUACAUCGAUCUCCUCUAGUCUUCGACCUUCGCUGAUGAAACUGAAACAGCUCGAGUCGCUGUUAGGAGAUGUGCAGCAGUUCGACAAUCCCAAGAUUGAGUUAGAGCAGUACCCCACAGGACCGCAUAUCGCCUCACGGAUGCUCUAUGAGAUUCACUCUCGCUUUGAUGAGGUGGAGGGGCGCUCAGUGCUCGACCUAGGCUGUGGGUGCGGCACCCUUGGGAUUGCCGCUGCCAUGCUGGGAGCAGAGCAUGUGGUGGGAGUGGAUGCGGAUGAGGCGGCCAUUGCCACGGCACAGGCUAACUGCCAAGAGUAUGAGAUCGACAUGGACUUUAUUCAGGCGAGACUGCCCCACAUGCCACUCACUAGUGAUUCAGUGGAGGUAGUGGUGAUGAACCCCCCAUUCGGCACCAGGACUAAAGGCGCUGACAUGCUCUUCCUUGCUGCAGGGCUCAAGGCUGCAUCAGUAGCGGUUUACUCACUUCACAAGUCAUCCACACGAGAGCAUGUGCAACGAGCAGCAGUACGAGACUUUGGAGCAAAGAAUGCUGAAGUCUUGUAUCAGCUUAGGUAUAACCUUCCAGCAAUGUACAAAUUUCAUAAACGGAAGGAAGUGGAUAUUGAAGUGGAUCUUUGGCGAUUUGUGCCAUAGUGAGGAUUAAUUUUUAUGGUUGGUGUUCAGCCUGAUUCAGAGGCUGUGUUCUUCUCCAUUCAACUGGCAAUCCGCAACUGACACCACCAAUCGCCGCCGUGUUUGAUUGGCUGCAGUCUGUCCGAUUGCCCACGGUGUCCUGGUCUGGUCGCGGGCAGGUGAGAUGAACCAUCCCAGAUUCACAGGAUAUGCGUUUGUUGUCCACAUAGACGGGGAGUUAUUCUGAACAUUCAAUAUUUUGGCUGGACCAUUCCGCGUCUUUGGACCUAACCAAGUUUGUAACCUUGCUCAACGAAGGCCAUUUUCGUGGUGUAUGGAUGGUUUCCCGAUUCUCCUGUUAGCACGAACUAUUUUCGCCUCUACGAGUAAGUUUUGCUGGAAACCCAAAUGCUGACCGCAGCAAGAAAGGUCUGGCGGUUUGGCUGCCACGGCAAAAAAGUUCGGGUGAUUCAACUGUAGUGAUAAGAAUCUGACGUGUACCAGUGAAAGUGCACCAGGCGUUCAAAGCCACAUGCAGCACGGUGGGCAUGGUGGAGCUCGUCGACACAUGAUCGGACGGUUGAGAUCGGGUA